CCUCCGUGCAUCCCUCCUCCCUCCCUCUGAGCAGCCCCUUUGGGGAGAGGCCAGCUGGAGCCCCCCGACCUCCUGGGCCCGCAGCGCCAUGCCGGGACCUGCCCGAGGGUGUUCUAUUGUUAUAGAUAUCCAAAGUUAACUUCAGUAUGCUGAAAAGGAAACAAAGCUCCAGGGUGGAAGCCCAGCCAGUUACAGACUUCGGUCCUGACGAAUCUUUGUCCGACAAUGCAGACAUACUCUGGAUUAACAAGCCAUGGGUUCACUCUUUGCUGCGUAUCUGUGCCAUCAUCAGUGUCAUUUCUGUGUGCAUGAAUACUCCAAUGACUUUUGAGCAUUAUCCUCCUCUACAAUAUGUAACUUUUGCCCUGGAUACUCUAUUGAUGUUCCUCUACACUGCAGAGAUGAUAGCAAAAAUGCACAUCCGUGGCAUAGUAAAGGGAGAUAAUUCCUAUGUGAAAGAUCGCUGGUGUGUAUUUGAUGGAUUUAUGGUUUUUUGCCUUUGGGUCUCCUUAGUGUUACAGGUAUUUGAAAUUGCCGAUAUAGUUGAUCAGAUGUCACCUUGGGGUAUGCUGAGGAUUCCACGACCUCUUAUUAUGAUUCGAGCAUUCAGGAUUUAUUUUCGAUUUGAAUUACCUAGAACGAGGAUAACUAAUAUUUUAAAGCGUUCAGGAGAGCAAAUAUGGAGUGUCUCAAUUUUCCUACUUUUCUUUCUGCUUCUUUAUGGAAUUUUAGGAGUUCAGAUGUUUGGGACUUUUACCUAUCACUGCGUGACAGAUGACACUCAACCAGGAAAUGUGACCUGGAAUAAUUUAGCUAUCCCAGACACCCACUGUUCAAGAGAACUGGAAGAAGGUUAUCAAUGCCCACCAGGAUUUAAGUGCAUGGACCUUGAAGAUCUGGGACUUAGCAGGCAAGAGCUGGGCUACAGUGGCUUUAAUGAGAUAGGAACAAGCAUAUUUACCGUUUAUGAAGCUGCAUCCCAAGAAGGUUGGGUGUUCCUUAUGUACAGAGCAAUCGACAGCUUUCCCCGAUGGCGUUCGUACUUCUAUUUCAUCACCUUAAUUUUCUUUCUUGCCUGGCUCGUUAAGAAUGUAUUCAUUGCUGUUAUUAUUGAAACGUUUGCUGAAAUCAGAGUGCAGUUUCAACAGAUGUGGGGAUCCAGGAGCAGCACUACUUCAACAGCUACAACACAGAUGUUCCAUGAAGAUGCUGCUGGAGGAUGGCAACUCGUAGCUGUGGAUGUGAAUAAACCUCAGGGUAGAGCUCCAGCAUGCCUACAGAAGAUGAUGAGGUCAUCCAUUUUCCAUAUGUUUAUUCUGAGCAUGGUGGCUGUCGAUGUCAUUGUUGCCGCUAGCAACUACUACAAAGGAGAGAAUUUCAGAAGACAAUAUGAUGAAUUUUACCUCGCAGAGGUUGCUUUUACUGUCCUUUUUGAUUUGGAAGCUCUUCUGAAGAUUUGGUGUUUGGGCUUUACUGGAUACAUCAGUUCAUCUCUCCACAAAUUUGAACUGCUCCUCGUAAUGGGAACAACACUUCACAUAUAUCCAGAUCUCUAUCAUUCUCAAUUCACGUACUUUCAGGUUCUUCGGGUAGUUCGACUUAUUAAGAUUUCUCCUGCUUUGGAAGACUUUGUGUACAAAAUAUUUGGUCCUGGGAAAAAACUCGGGAGUUUGGUCGUAUUCACUGCGAGCCUCCUUAUUGUCAUGUCAGCAAUUAGUUUACAGAUGUUCUGCUUUGUAGAAGAACUGGAUAGAUUUACAACUUUUCCAAGGGCAUUUAUGUCAAUGUUCCAGAUACUUACCCAGGAAGGAUGGGUGGAUGUAAUGGACCAGACUCUCAAUGCAGUAGGACACAUGUGGGCACCCGUUGUUGCAAUCUACUUCAUUCUUUAUCAUCUCUUCGCCACCCUGAUUCUCCUGAGCCUGUUUGUUGCUGUUAUUUUAGACAACCUGGAACUUGAUGAAGACCUCAAGAAACUUAAACAACUCAAGCAAAGUGAAGCAAAUGCAGACACUAAAGAAAAACUCCCUUUGCGUUUACGGAUCUUUGAAAAAUUUCCCAACCGGCCUCAGAUGGUGAAAAUUUCAAAACUGCCUUCAGAUUUCACCGUUCCCAAAAUCAGGGAAAGUUUCAUGAAGCAAUUUAUUGAUCGUCAACAACAGGAUACAAGCUGCCUAUUACGAAGACUUCCUUCAGCCUCUUCUUCUUCAUGUGAUCACUCUAAAAGAUCUGCAAUAGAAGACAAUAAAUACAUUGAUCAAAAGCUUCGUAAAUCUGUUUUCAGCAUCAGGGCAAGAAAUCUUCUAGAAAAGGAGACUGCCAUCACUAAAAUUCUUAGGGCCUGUACCAGGCAACGGAUGCUGAGCGGAUCUUUUGAGGGGCAACCAGCAAAGGAGAGGUCAAUCCUCAGUGUCCAACAUCAUAUCCGUCAGGAGCGCAGGUCACUAAGACAUGGAUCCAACAGUCAGCGUAUCAGCAGAGGAAAAUCCCUUGAAACCUUAACUCAAGAUCACUCCAACACAGUGAGAUACCGAAAUGCUCAGAGGGAAGAUAGUGAAAUAAAGAUGAUCCAGGAAAAAAAAGAACAAGCCGAAAUGAAAAGGAAAGUGCAAGAAGAAGAACUGAGGGAGAAUCAUCCGUAUUUUGAUAAGCCCCUUUUCAUAGUUGGUCGUGAACACAGGUUCCGAAAUUUUUGUCGUGUGGUGGUCCGGGCUCGUUUUAAUGCCUCUAAAACAGACCCUGUUACUGGAGCUGUGAAAAAUACCAAGUACCAUCAACUUUAUGAUUUGCUGGGAUUGGUUACAUACCUGGACUGGGUUAUGAUCAUUGUGACUAUCUGUUCCUGCAUUUCGAUGAUGUUUGAAUCCCCCUUUCGAAGAGUCAUGCAUGCACCCACGUUGCAGAUUGCCGAGUAUGUGUUUGUGAUCUUCAUGAGUAUUGAACUCAACCUGAAGAUAAUGGCCGAUGGUUUAUUUUUUACCCCAACCGCUGUCAUUCGGGACUUUGGAGGAGUAAUGGACAUAUUUAUAUAUCUUGUGAGUUUGAUAUUCCUUUGUUGGAUGCCUCAGAACGUGCCUGCUAAAUCAGGAGCUCAGCUUUUAAUGGUGCUGCGGUGCCUGAGACCCCUUCGAAUUUUCAAAUUGGUGCCUCAGAUGAGGAAGGUUGUGCGAGAGCUAUUCAGCGGAUUCAAGGAAAUUUUUCUGGUGUCCAUUCUUUUGCUGACAUUGAUGCUAGUUUUUGCAAGCUUUGGAGUUCAGCUGUUUGCCGGGAAGCUGGCGAAGUGCAAUGAUCCUCACAUUAUGAGAAGGGAAGAUUGCCAUGGCAUAUUCAGAAUUAACGUCAGCGUCUCCAAAAAUUUAAACUUAAAAUUAAGACCUGGAGAGAAAAAGCCUGGAUUUUGGGUGCCCCGAGUAUGGGCAAAUCCUCGGAAUUUCAAUUUCGACAAUGUCGGAAAUGCUAUGUUAGCAUUGUUUGAAGUUCUUUCCUUGAAAGGCUGGGUAGAAGUCCGAGAUGUUAUUAUUCAUCGUGUGGGGCCGAUCCAUGGAAUCUACAUUCACGUUUUUGUAUUCUUGGGUUGCAUGAUUGGACUGACUCUUUUUGUUGGUGUAGUCAUUGCUAAUUUCAAUGAGAAUAAGGGUACGGCUUUGCUGACUGUAGAUCAGAGAAGAUGGGAAGAUCUGAAAAGCCGGCUGAAGAUAGCCCAACCUCUUCAUCUUCCACCUCGUCCAGAUAACGAUGGGUUUAGAGCCAAGAUGUACGACAUUACCCAGCAUCCAUUUUUUAAGAGGACCAUCGCAGUACUCGUCCUGGCUCAGUCUGUGUUACUGUCAGUUAAGUGGGAUGUUGAAGAUCCAGUGACUGUUCCUUUAGCAACGAUGUCGGUUGUUUUCACCUUCAUCUUUGUUCUAGAGGUUACGAUGAAGAUUAUUGCCAUGUCUCCCGCUGGCUUUUGGCAAAGCAGAAGAAAUCGAUAUGAUCUCCUAGUGACUUCUCUUGGGGUUAUUUGGGUGAUUCUUCACUUUGCUCUGCUUAAUGCAUAUACAUAUAUGAUGGGGGCGUGCGUCAUUGUCUUCAGAUUUUUCUCCAUUUGUGGCAAGCAUGUUACACUAAAGAUGCUCCUGCUGACUGUGGUCGUCAGCAUGUACAAAAGUUUCUUCAUCAUAGUAGGGAUGUUUUUAUUGCUGCUCUGUUAUGCCUUUGCUGGAGUUGUUUUGUUUGGUACCGUGAAAUAUGGAGAGAACAUUAACAGGCAUGCGAACUUCUCUUCAGCUGGCAAGGCCAUUACUGUUCUCUUCCGAAUAGUCACAGGGGAAGAUUGGAACAAGAUUAUGCAUGACUGUAUGGUUCAACCGCCUUUUUGCACUCCAGAUGAAUUCAAGUACUGGGCAACAGAUUGUGGAAAUUAUGCUGGUGCUCUCAUGUAUUUCUGUUCAUUUUAUGUCAUCAUCGCAUACAUCAUGCUGAAUCUACUUGUAGCUAUAAUUGUGGAGAAUUUCUCACUGUUUUAUUCCACUGAGGAGGACCAGCUUUUAAGCUACAAUGAUCUUCGGCACUUUCAGAUCAUAUGGAAUAUGGUGGAUGAUAAAAGAGAGGGGGUGAUUCCUACUUUUCGGGUGAAGUUUCUGCUGAGGCUGCUGCGUGGAAGACUGGAGGUAGAUCUAGACAAAGACAAACUUCUGUUCAAACACAUGUGCUAUGAAAUGGAGAGACUGCAUAACGGUGGUGAUGUAACCUUCCACGAUGUGCUAAGUAUGCUUUCGUACAGAUCUGUUGAUAUCAGAAAGAGCCUUCAGCUGGAGGAGCUCCUUGCCAGAGAACAAUUGGAGUACACAAUAGAAGAGGAGGUAGCCAAGCAGACGAUACGCAUGUGGCUGAAAAAGUGUUUAAAACGCAUCCGAGCAAAACAGCAGCAGUCGUGCAGCAUUAUCCACAGCCUGCGAGAGAGCCAGCAGCAAGAGCUGAGCCGCUUUCUGAAUCCUCCCAGCAUUGAGACAACCCAGCCAAGCGAAGACAUGAACGCCAAUAAUCAGGAUAACAACACCCAGCCAGAGACCAGCAGCCAGCAACAGCUACUGAGUCCAACUCUAUCUGAUAGAGGAGGGUGUCGACAGGACUCCACAGAUGCUGGAAAACCUCAAAGGAAAUUUGGACAAUGGCGUUUGCCUUCAGCACCAAAACCAAUAAGCCAUUCUGUGUCUUCGGUCAAUUUACGGUUUGGAGGCCGUUCCACAAUGAAGUCUGUGGUUUGCAAAAUGAACCCCAUGUCAGAUGCAGCUUCCUGUGGUUCUGAAGUCAAAAAAUGGUGGACCCGGCAGCUCACUGUGGAGAGUGAUGAAAGCGGAGAUGACCUUCUCGACAUCUGAGUGGAAGCAAACAGAUAGGAGUGGCAUUGUGAAAAUAAUCUCUGGAGUUGCCCCCCUUAUUUUUCCAGUGAACAAGCUGCAACCGAUGUAUAAUUUAAUUCCAACUUGUCACCAGAUUUUUUUUUAAGCCGAUGAUCAGUCUGCCAUAGGGAACCUGAAGCUGGUAUUUCUGCUGGAGUUAUGUAGAUGUUUAAAUAUUGUUUGCUGAGAAAAUCUAUACGAUGGCAGCAUUGCCAAAGCCUAGGAACGAAAACAUCAGCAGCCAUAGCAUUAAAAAUUUUCUAUAUUCUGUCUAUGUAUACGAUGAUGUCUGUUUAAAUAUGCUUUUCUGUCAUUUUGUUUCUCCAGAACAAAGUUCUGGGCCUUCAAGUGGCCAGUAUAUAUGACUCAGGAGCUGCAGCUUCUGUUUAUGGUUUUCCCAUUGGAUCUAAAACUUCUCUCGGGAGAAUUUUCUGUUGCUGAGUGGUCUGAAGAAGUAGGCCUGAUAUUGCUAAAGGAGAGUAUUUUUACGAAGUACAGAUUAUGAAUUUUAAAAAAGUCUAUUCUUUUCUUAUUUUUUAAUAUGCAGAAGAUAUUUAGAAAUCUUGAGUCCAAUUCUAGCCUCAGUUAUUCUCCUGCAACUGCCACUGACUUAUGUCAGAAUUGUAUGCAAGGGACAGGCAAAGAAUUUGACACAAAAGCAUUCGUUGGCUUAGUAGAAACAUGUAAAUAUAUUAUUAUUUAUGCAAAAGUGUUUCAUGAACAGCCUUUAAUAACUGAAAUCAGCAAAAAACAACUAUGUGUUGAGCUUCU